CUACCAGUCAGGACAGAUCCUGCAGACAGUGUGAUGACACUUACAAUGCGUAAAAAAGACACCUUGCUUUGACGGUGAGCAACACAUGCCGUGGGGAACAUAUUAAAUACGGUGGCAACUUGUGGAUGUUCCUCCAGUCUCUCCGCAGCUCUGAACAGGAGUUGAACCACUGAACUACUAGGGCGCUCUCAAGUUUCUGAUGCCAACAAGUUCUUUUCUCCGAGCCUUCACCCGCAGCCAAACGUUAUGUUGGAUACAUUUGGGCCGCAGAGUGCCGGUGUGGUCGUCUCCAGCGCGGACCUCCAGUUAAAACUGACGGACAACAAGAGCAGCCUGGCCGCAGCAGGGAUGGGGAUGGACAACGGCACUGGGAAGAAAUUCAUAGAGAAAACUGGACCUGCUUUAUCCAAAAGAAAGCUUCUGGUCGGCUUAGACCUCCUGUGCCUCUUUCUUGCCUCCAUCCCUUUCUUUGCAUGUGAACUAAAGGCGAUGAGUCCAUACAAAAGGGGCUUCAUAUGCGGAGACCCCAGUAUCACCUACCCCUACCUGCACAGCGAGGCCAUACCUGACGAACUACUCAUCGCUGGUGGCAUCAUCAUCACCGGCCUCACAAUCGCCCUUGGGGAGUGCUACCGAGUGCGUUUCCGAGCUGUCAGCUCCAAGGCCUUUGUCAGGAACCUGUAUGUGUCCUGUCUGUACAAGGAACUGGGCUGCUUCCUGUUUGGGUGCUGUGUCGGCCAAUCAUUGACAAACAUGGCCAAGCUGAGUGUGGGCCGGCUGCGGCCACACUUCCUGUCUGUAUGCGGUGUGACUUAUGCAUCGCUUAACUGCACGCCAGGAACCUAUGUUGCAACAGUGAGCUGCCGCCAGCCAGACCACCGGUUAGAGGAGGAGGCCAGGAAGUCCUUCUUCUCUGGCCAUGCCUCCUUUGCGAUGUACACAAUGCUCUAUUUAGCUUUUUAUCUGCAGGCACGGUUGACAUGGCAUGGGGCUCGGCUGCUGAGGCCUGUGAUCCAGUUCUUCCUGAUUCUGCUGGCAGUCUACACAGGCCUGACCCGCAUCUCAGACUACAGGCACCAUCCAACCGAUGUGCUAACUGGUUACAUACAGGGAGCUCUCACUGCUUACUGGGUGGCCUUCCACAUCUCAUCCAUGUUUAAAAGCUCCAGCUCAGAUCUGUCUCCUACUCUGUCUCCGACCUUGGACAGCCCCUUGUCACCCCACCAUACCGUCUGUUAAACUUCACAUCCACCAACCCCUGCCUGCAUCUACCUGCCUAUAGUCUGGUCUGGAUAGACAAAAGAUUUGAACAAUGUGAGACCAUUUCCUGUGAAGUCAAACCACAUACCUCAGUAUUUGGACAGAGUCUGAGAGGGGAGGGGGCAGUAGAGCUUGUGUAAUACUGAAUGUGGCUCAAAAGAGAAAACAAAUGAACCGAGAGAAAUGAAGAGGGAGGCAGCUGAAAAUGAUACGGGCUGCCCGUUUGAGUGUUGUGUAAGCAGCUUGUGCACUCGACCUUUUGCCUUUGUGAUUGACCCUCGCUUGUGAUACUUACCUGUGAGACGACUGAAUUGUGAACACACAAAAACCACUACCACUCUAUAUGUCACCUGUAAAUAUAUACAGAUUUUUGUACAACUCAAAUGAUACUGUAAAAGCACUUUUUGAUGUCCAUGAUAGUAGUAUUAAUUACCACUUUGUAAUGACUUGUAGGAUGUAAUAUAUUUUAUACAAAUGUG